AAGAUGGGUUGUCCCCUGUGAUGGUGAAUUUGGGGGUCACUACUCUGAUGGUUAUCCAAUUAACAAUAAAGAUUAUGACUAUUAUGUGUUACGUGAAAUUAUUCAAGUCUUACGUGUAUCAAGCAUACAUUGGAGUGUGACCAUUCUUGCCCCAUCCAUCUACACUGUUGUGUUCCUCGUGGCUCUUCCUCUCAAUAUCAUGGCGAUCGUCAUAUUCCUGGUGAAGGUGAAGCUCAGGAAGCCGGCAGUGGUCUACAUGCUGAACCUCGCUGCUGCAGAUGUCGUCCUCAUUAGCGUCCUGCCUUUUUAUAUUGUCUACAGAUUCUUUGGAUCCAACUGGGUCAUCGGAGAAGGAAUGUGUCGCUUUGUCACGGCAGCAUAUUACUGUAACAUGUACUGCUCCAUCCUGCUCAUGACAAGUAUCAGUGUGGACCGUUUCCUGGCCGUUGUCUACCCGGUGCGGUCUCUUUCCUGGCGCACAGUGACCCGAGCCUGGCUGGUGUGUGGUGUCAUCUGGGUCAUCUCAUUGGCCAGCACUGUGCCUCUUCUCAUAAGAGAACAAACCCAGAAAUAUGAUAGAGAAAAUGUAAACCUAAUAAUAUGUCAUGAUGUUCAUCAUUUUUCAGCUUAUUUUGAUUUUACUGUUACCUAUUUCUCCACUGUUAUCUCACUUUUAUUUUUCUUACCAUUAUUUAUUACAACUUUCUGUUACAUCGGAAUCAUCCACAAUGUCAGCAGAUCAAAAUCUGAUGCCACACCUAAGAGAUCACGAGCUAUCCGCCUAACCGUGGUUGUGCUAAGUGUGUUUGUCCUUUGUUUUGGCCCCACCAAUGUCCUCUAUUUAAUUACCUAUGUGACAUUGCAUAAGAGUUAUUAUGGCUCUCUGUAUGUUCCCUACAUCCUCUCUUCCUGUAUCAGCACCAUCAGCUGCUGUCUGGAUCCUCUUAUCUAUUAUUUUGCAUCCUCCAAGUAUCAGAGAUACGUCUACAGCUUGCUGCGCUGUAAGAAAAAUUCUCGCCUUGCGGUAAAACAAAAGUCUAUCCUUAAAGGCAAAGAGCAGCAACCAGAGAGUGGACCAGAAGGAGAGGACCAGAGAGAGAGACUAGAACCGGGAACAGAUGAAAUUCGUCCAGUUCAGCAGGAACUGGAGGACUUUCAGUGAGUGUGUGUGUCUGUUCAACAGAAACCGGCAUAACGGCAGGCUUCUCUCGAAAAGGUCUUCCUGGAAAACCAGCAUUGGAUUAGUGCUUGCCAGCCAAUGGCUGCGGUGCUGAUCUGUGUAUUCUGAAGGGUGGAGUCUCCACUAUCAGAAUACAAAAGAACACCCAGAGAGACCUCUGGAUCAACAUCAUUUGUGUGGAUCUGUCAGAUUUUUUUUUUCUCUCCUUAAUUUGAUCUUGCAGUAAUUUUCCAGAAAAAAUGUUCAAAUAACAUACAUGUCACUUAAUUCUGUAAUUCGUUAAAGUCUACUUUACUAGUCUUAUAAAUAAAGUUAUUUAAAUAUAUAUAUAUAUAUAUAUAUCAUUUAACCACUUAAGGCCCGGAAGGAUUUUUCCCCUUAACGACCAGGCCUUUUUUGCUAUACCGCACUGCUGUGUCGCUUUAACUGACAAUUUGCGCCGUCAUGCGACGUUGUACCCAAACAAAAUUG